UCCAUUCAUGACGUUAUUUUUUUUUGGAGUAAUUAAUUAUUAUUUAUUUUUUAAAAAAAAUAAAAAUUAAAACUUUAAAUACCAUCAUGUGUUCGGUUACGAUCCUUGGUGUGUAUUCUUUUCUAAAAGAAAGGUCUUGUGUGCGGUUACGCUCUUAGGCCAAUCAUUUUUUCCCCCUUUUAUCCAAAUUAAAUAAAUAAAUUAUUUUAGCCAAAUAUAAGUUAAUAAAGCGACCGUGCUGGAACCACGGGACUCGGGGGUGCCUCAUACCUUCCGUUCGGUGAACAGAAUUCCUUACCCAAUCUCUGUUUUUCGUAGACCCAAAAAAAAAAGUUUUUUUAUUUUAAAUUAAGAACUAUCUGGUGACUUGAAACACCUAAAAAACUCAAUUUCAAGUGACGACUCUAAAAAAAAAAACAAAAAAAAAACCGUCAUAUCCUCAACAAUGAUUGUUCUCUGGUUACGCUAGAUUUUGAUAAAAGAAAGGGGGGCCAGCGAUACAAGAGCAUUUUCCAAGCAUAAAAUCACGAAGCCGGCGUAAAAAGUGGGUGAGACUCGUCAUUCUCCGCUUGCAAGUCAAGCUUUUCAAGAGAAUCUUUCGGGAUGUUCUGAUGAUCCUAAUCAGAGCCAACAAGCAGGUCGAGCUGACAUAGGCGGGAAUUUGAACCCUUUUGGACUGGAGGGCCGGGUCAGAAGGACCGAGAUUGAUCUCAGAUUGGGGUCAGAGGUGUGACAGAUAAUUUCCUCAAAUCCAGAAGCUAGUUGGUUGAUGGAAUCGUGAGAGAAGCAGAGGAAGAAACUGAGUUUGAGCAGCUGGAGUACUGGAGUUGUUCCUCGUCACUUGUUUUGUUCUCAAAAUAAGAAAAUGAGGAUAGUCGGACUGACCGGUGGGAUUGCUUCAGGGAAGAGCACUGUCUCCAACCUUUUCAAGGCUCAUGGUGUUCCCGUUGUCGAUGCUGACAUUGUAGCUCGGAACGUUUUGAAGAAAGGAACAGGUGGUUGGAAAAAGGUUGUCGCCGCAUUUGGUGAGGAUAUCUUACUGGAAAAUGGAGAAGUUGAUCGUGCAAAGCUAGGUCAAAUAGUAUUCUCUGAUCCGGGAAGACGUCAGCUUCUUAAUAGGUUGCUAGCACCAUUUAUCUCACGUGGUAUUUUAAUGGAAGUUUUGAAGCUGUGGAUAAAGGGUUGCUCCAUAAUUGUUCUUGAUGUUCCUCUUUUGUUUGAGGCCAAGAUGGACAAGUGGACUAAACCCAUUGUUGUCGUUUGGGUUGAUCCUAAGACACAGCUGCAGCGGCUCAUGAUUAGAGAUGGAUCAAUGGAGGAGGACGCCAAAAGCAGAAUAAAUGCACAGAUGUCCCUGGAUCUUAAGAGGUCACAGGCAGAUAUUGUGAUUGAUAACACCGGUUCACUGGAGGCUUUGCAUGAACAAUUCCAGAAAGUGUUAACUCAGAUUACAAGGCCCUUGACCUGGACCGAGUUUAUGCUCUCAAGAAAGGGAGCUUUUCUGGCGUUGUUCUCCAUUUUUAUCGGUGUUGCGAUUUGCAAGAGAAGUCCAUAAAGCUGAAGCCGCCUUGAUGUUCUGUUUGAGUUUGAAUUCUGAAUUACACAGCAUAGAAGAGAUGAUGGAUCAGACUCUUCGCUUUCCUAUUUCUUUACUGGUAGAGAGAGGAUGGACAGAUUUGCACUAUGCUGCUGGUUGAAGAUUCCGCAGCAAGGGCAGUUCUUCCAGUAACAGGUUUUCCAGGAUAUAAGCUACUUGAAACUGACAUGAUUUUUGAUGUUUGAUCAAGAAAAUGAAAUCAUUGCGCAUAUGAUCUUUAAACAGUAGGCCUAAGUUCCAUCCUGUACUGUUAUAUUCUCGACUGGUGAUUAAAUAUUACCAUGAAUGAGUUUUGUUCUAUGCUUGCUCCUGCCAUUUUUAUGGUUCUUGCUUUCCUUUGAUGUUACCACUGUUACGUAUUCUGGGCUUAAUGAUGUUUUUCUUGUU